CCUGUAUUUACUAGCCUUGCAUUACCUUUUCCUUCAGUUUCCUCUUGGGCAUCACUGAGAUUAUUGAAGACACUUCAAAGAGAUAUCGUGAGGAUCCUUUGAAGUAAGGAAUAGAGAACACCACGUCGUGAUGCUUUCUUAGGCAAGGUUUUAACGGAGGAAAGCCGCCCUUCGCUGAGAAGAGCCUGGAGGCCUGGAACUGAGCCCUGAAAACGGGAAGUCCGUCUUGGGGGGCAGCACGUUCAAGACCCAAAGCUCGCAAGCCUGGGAGGCAGUGCGGCGGGAGGCGCCUGCCCGUGACCCCGGUAGGGGGCGCCGAAGAGCCGCACUGCAGCAUCCCGGCCGCGGAGCUCGGCGGCCUCUGCCGGGCUCAGCUCGCGUCCUGCAGCGGUCCCUCGGCCGCUAGUCGGAGCGAGCGCGAGGGAGGAGACCCCCACCGGGUCUCCGGCACUUGCUUCUGCGGCGAGUCCCACCCACGAUCGCAGCCCAGCAACUCGGAAACGGAACCUGAAGCCUGGGCUGCGCAGCGUGGGAGGGCUUCGCGAUCUCGGGGGACCGAUUCCGAACUUGCAGAGGACCGUGGCUCUCCCGGCCUGGGGAGUGUGAACAGGAUUGUGGACUCUUCCAAGAUUUGCAAUGAUAUGGUGAAUCCAAAGACUGGAACCAAAAAGAUUUGCUCAGUGCUUUAGUUUUAACAAUAGCAAAUUGUCUACCAACACCCAUCAUGGCUAAAAGUGCGGAGGUCAAAUUGGCAAUAUUUGGGAGAGCAGGUGUGGGCAAGUCAGCUCUUGUAGUGAGAUUUCUGACCAAACGGUUCAUCUGGGAAUAUGAUCCCACUCUCGAAUCAACCUACCGACACCAAGCAACCAUCGAUGAUGAAGUUGUUUCCAUGGAGAUACUAGAUACUGCUGGCCAGGAAGAUGCCAUUCAGAAGGAAGGGCACAUGCGAUGGGGGGAAGGCUUUGUGCUGGUUUACGACAUUACUGACCGAGGAAGUUUUGAGGAAGUGCUGCCACUUAAGAACAUCCUAGAUGAGGUCAAGAAGCCCAAGAAUGUGACUCUCAUCUUGGUUGGAAACAAAGCUGACUUGGACCACUCAAGGCAGGUUAGCACAGAAGAAGGAGAGAAGCUGGCCACAGAACUGGCUUGUGCUUUUUACGAGUGUUCUGCCUGCACUGGAGAAGGGAACAUCACGGAGAUAUUCUAUGAGUUGUGUCGAGAGGUACGUCGCCGGAGGAUGGUGCAGGGCAAGACAAGGCGACGCAGCUCCACCACGCAUGUCAAGCAAGCCAUUAACAAGAUGCUUACCAAAAUCAGUAGUUAGGCAGCCCAGCUGAGGUGGACAGAUAAUUGGAAAUACUCUUCCCUUUCUGUUCCCCUUUCAAAAAUAAAACAACAUAUUGCAUUCUUUGCUUUGAUGGGAAAAGUCUGGGCUUCCCAUUGUUCCCAGCCUCCCAGAGAUUGAGAAGUUUUAGCAUGUUUUAUGCAAUUUCAGUGCUAACAACUUCUUCCUUUCCUGCUUGAAUAAGAUACACUCUAAUGGCAUUUGAACACAUAAUCACCAGAGAUUCUGAAAUGACUGGUUUAUAUUAAGCUAUUUUUAGGCAUCUUCACCUUGCUUAAGUAGGUUGAAGUUUUUUCAAAGGCAUUUAAAAAUGCAAUUUCUUGUCAGAUACUACAAAUAAUUAUCUUAAAAGUCUAAGAUAGCAGAAAAUAUAGUAAAAACACAGGAGAAGUAGCUGAGCUAUUGGAACAGGAAAUAGAAAUAACUCUGUGUUUGAAGUGAGGAUUUUCUGAAUUAUCUACUAUCAUCUAGGUUUUCUUUAAUCUUCUUUAUUCUUAAGUUCAAGCAUCCUCUCACUAAUGUUUUUCACUAUAACAAGGAGUUUGUUUCAUUUUGAGUUGACUGUCUGAAUGAUCUAUUGAUCAUUACAUCAUAAUUCUCCUUCCUUGGCUUAAACAAGAUUUUCACUGUAACAAAAGCAGUAGGAUACACAAUCCAGAUCCUGAUGGGCCUUGUUUCAUCAAGCCAGGAUGAUGUAAAAACAUUGGAAGUCUUUUCACUAAAGCCUGACUUUAUUGAAAGCUAGUAGAAAAUGUAGAUUUACAGACAAAUGAUUUGUUUAUCACCUUAGCAGAAAAACCACAGUCUAAAAAACAAGAAAAUUAAGAAUGGAGCUUAACUGUGCCUCCAUUGGGAAGUCUAGACUUUGAGCCAGAUACAGUCAGAAAAAACAGCCUCGGAUUUAUUAAGUUUGCCACAUGACUUGCUUUGAUAUUUUGGAUAAAUUAAGUCACUUAGAAGAAUUCAAAAAAGAAUGGGAGAUUAAAGUUCAUUACAGCUGAAUAAAUGUGUCUAAAACAGAUUCUUGUAUUCUGAAAGUACAGUCAACAACUGAUAAAACUUUAGGAUUAUUUUCUCUCCCAUUAUGCCCCAUAUAUCAAGAUUUGGGUACUUUAUUUUAGUAGAAAAUAUAUAUCUUUUACAUAUGUAUGUAUUUAUAAAUGCAUAGAUGUAUGUAUAAAAAUUUGUAAGAGUUGGAGGCUUUAAUUCGCCAAUGCAUUUGGACAACUUGGUGUAACUGACUAUUUUAUGUGACUAUAAUAAAAAGCAUAAUAUUCUCAUUCUGUCA